UGUUUUCUUCUCACUCCCACUAGUCUCUGUGGUAACAACAACACUGCACUCUCUCUGUUUUCUUCUCUCUCUCUUCCCCAAAACCCUAGCCCUCCGGUCACUCCCAUUUUCCGACGACAAUGCACGCCGGCGUUGACAUGUACGACGACGACGGCAUUUUCAGAGCAUCCUCCUCCGCCUCUCGCCGCCGCCCAUACGGUCCCGGCCCGGACCGCCGCGUCGCGUUUCGCCACCUCACCAGAACGACACCGUACUCCGUCCCGCCGCAACCGCAGGUGGAGCGACGAAGGGUGGUGCCUGAGAUGGAUUUGGAAGACGACAAGGUGUCGGAGAAUAAGGGCACAAAGCUCUACAUUUCUAACUUGGACUAUGGGGUUUCCAAUGCAGAUAUAAAGCUGCUGUUCUCCGAAGAGGGUGAGUUGAAAAGGUACGGCAUUCAUUAUGACAAGAGUGGGAGAUCAAAAGGAACAGCAGAAGUAGUCUUCAUGAGGCAGUCCGAUGCUUUAGCAGCCAUCAAGAAAUACAACAAUAUGAGGCUUGAUGGAAAGCCACUGCAAAUUGAGCUUGUUGGAUCAAGUUUGGUUACUCCUGCCCCUGCCGUUGUGCCUCUUUCGCAAAAUAGCUUACAGGGAAGGCUAAACCAUGCUCUUGUGAGGGAACAAGGAAUUGUUGGAGGUAGCAGGUUCAACAAUAGCUUUCCGCGUGGCUAUCUUCCAAGGGACCAUGGAGAAGAGAACCAUUUCCGAAAGGUGACAUCUUAUAGAGAUCUUGAUCAUGACUUGGAGGGGUUUCAUCGCCGCCGUCCAAGAGGCCGCACAGGUUUUAAGGGCCAUAAGCCAAAGUUGUCCGUUAAAGAUCUUGAUGAAGACUUGGAGAGGUAUCGCUUAGAGGCUAAGAAGGUAAAGAAAGAAAAGGGAGAGUGAAAUCAUGGUUGAUAGCUAUAAUGACUCGUAUUUUGAGUAAAUAGGUCAGAAAAGGACUGCAUAGGUUUUGAUUACUAAUCUUAGUUGCAUAGUUUUAAUUGUACUGCACAUAUUAGUAUGCUAUUUGUACAUUUCAGUUUUAAAUAUCAAAACUUCAAAAGACCUAGUUACCUUAUUCGUUCAAGCCGAAGUCAAUAUAUUCCUUUGUGUAAUUUUUUGGAAUGGUUCAGUGGAGAUACUGAAAGUUCCUUUAUUU